ACACACGCUCACCCACAAGCACCAACAAGACAAACAACCUCAUCAUGCAGUUCACGAUCAACGCCAUGACCGCGACAAUGGUCGCUCUCCUCCUCCAUGGAGCCGUCGCCGCCCCAGCCCUCGAAGCCAGAGCCGUCCCCUCGCCCAACGGCCAAUGCGGCGGGACGACGGGCUACACCUGCGUGGGCUCGACCUUCGGCUCCUGCUGCAGCUCCUCCGGCUACUGCGGCAACACCGAAGCCUACUGCGCGCUGAACCGCGGCUGCCAGAUCGCCUUCGGAACCUGCACGCAGCCGUCGCCCAACGGAAACUGCGGCGCCGCAAGCGGCUUUACUUGCAAAGGCUCCAGCGCUGGAAACUGCUGCAGCAGUUACAACUACUGCGGCUCGUCCGAUCUGUACUGUGGUGCGGGCUGCCAGCCGCUUUACGGUGACUGCAAUGCUUGAUUCAAGGCAUUGGGUAGAGACUUGGUGUUGGCUAUGAUUGAUGUCGUAUGAUAAUGUAGCUAAUUGGUACACUCCUUAAUCUAAUUGUCUUUUGUAUGUUUGAUGUGUUGGCGUUGUUGUACAGAUCUUGCGUUGUGUCACCGUGCGAAUGCUUGUCACUUCUACGGAGAUUUUGUUUCUUGGAGAAGAUGCGGGCAUGAGCAUACAUGCGUCUGCAUUUGAAAAAGUGAAUAGGCUGCAAGUGUUUCUUAGCGUAGGCAAGCCAGACAUCCAGACCCAAAGCACACGCUCAGAAAAAACAGCAGGGGUAUAGGCGGUGAACAAGACAUCGAGGACCUGAAACAACCAAAAGGAAACCUAAUAUAAAGGAU